AAAAUACGAGGGCUUCACGAUGACUUCUUCUGAGGAACGACGUGUUGGUGGAAGGCAGGUGAAUCUCGGCGGGAUGAUGAUGCUGGAGAGGAUGUGAGGACUGAGGAGAAGAUUCUCUCUCCUUCUCCCUCUGCGUUGGUGCGGAAGAGGAGGGGGAAACCGUUGAUCUGCCUGCGCCGUUACGUCUCCAGCCAACGGAUUCCAUCUGAGGGGCGACACAGGUGCCCGUUUCGGUAGUUAAGGUGUGUGCGUGUUUGUAUAAAUGCAUGAGAUUAGAGAUGUCAAGAGGAGGCAGCGCAGCCUCCAUCAUAGACUGAUUGAAAGGCUGAGAAGAACAGGGUGAAAGAGCGAGAGGGUGAAAUUUUCAGAUAGAUAGGCUACUCAUCAGGCACAGCGCUGCUUUUCCGGUCAGUGGGAGAGCAAGCGAGAGAGAGAGAGAGAGAAACAUUUGUGUGACGUGUGUGUGUUUGUGACAGCGUUCCCCCAGUGCGUAGUGGAGAGACAGGUCUGUGCGCUGACACUCACUCAAAUGGGCUAAUGCGCUUUGGAGCUGCGAGCAGGACCCUCUGGGAAACGUGUGUCGCUCGAACUGCCGGAGAUGCUUUGAAGACCCGGAUCUCUGCGCUACACGUGUUGAAUCGCAUACCUGCAUAUCCCUCUGCAUCUUAGAACACUCCACACGCUUGUGCAUUCGUGCAAACCAUGGAUUCUCUGGCCAACGACACGGACGGACUGGAGAACUCCUUGAAGUACUCCAAGUGUGACCAGACGGAGAAGAUGUGGAUUAGGCUGAAAGGAAUGCAGAAGUACAAAAGCACAUCUCAAAGAUUGAGAUGUCUGGUGAAGCAGCUGGAUAAGGGGGAGGUGAAUGUCGUAGAUCUGAGGAAAAACAUUGAAUAUGCUGCAUCGGUUCUGGAAGCCGUGUACAUCGACGAAACUAGGCGGCUUCUGGACACAGAGGAUGAGCUCAGUGAUAUCCAGGCAGACUCUGUUCCCAUGGAGGUGCGAGAUUGGCUGGCCUCCACCUUCACCAGGAAGAUGGGAGUGGUGCGCAGACGGCCUGAAGAGAAGCCCCGGUUUCGCAGCAUUGUUCACGCCGUUCAGGCUGGGAUCUUUGUUGAACGAAUGUACAGGAGAACAUCCAAUAUGGCAGGGUUGACCUUUCCACCAUCUGUAAUUACAGCUCUAAAGGAUGUUGAUAAAUGGUCAUUUGACGUCUUCACACUUCAAGAGGCAAGUAGUGAACACGCUCUGAAGUUCCUGGUGUAUGAACUGCUCACCAGAUACGACCUGAUCAGCCGCUUCAGGAUACCAGUGUCCUCCUUGGUGUCAUUUGUGGAAGCUCUGGAAAUAGGCUACAGCAAGCACAGAAACCCCUACCACAAUUUGAUCCACGCUGCUGAUGUCGCGCAGACGGCACACUAUCUGAUGCUACACACUGGCAUUAUGCACUGGCUCUCUGAACUGGAAAUAUUGGCCAUGGUGUUUGCUGCUGCAAUCCACGACUUUGAACACACUGGAACGACCAAUAACUUCCACAUUCAGACCAGAUCAGAAGUGGCCAUCCUGUACAAUGAUCGCUCGGUUCUGGAAAACCACCACGUGAGCGCAGCCUACAGACUUAUGCAAGAAGAUGAGAUGAACAUCCUUGUCAACCUCUCGAAGGAUGACUGGAGGGAGCUCCGUACGCUGGUGAUCGAGAUGGUCAUGAGCACAGAUAUGUCCUGCCAUUUCCAGCAGGUCAAGACGAUGAGGAACAUACUGCAGCAGCCGGAGGGAAUAGACAAGGCUAAAGCGCUGUCCCUGAUGCUGCACGCGGCUGAUAUCAGCCAUCCCGCUAAGGGCUGGAAACUGCACUACCGCUGGACACAAGCCCUUAUGGAGGAGUUCUUCAGACAGGGUGACAAGGAGGCAGAACUAGGGCUGCCGUUCUCUCCAUUAUGUGACCGGAAAGCUACCAUGAUUGCCCAGUCUCAGAUAGGUACAUUAGCCAAUAAACAGCAUGAGAGAAUGUCAGACCUGGAAGAGGAGCCCAUGACAAACACACAAGUCACACUGUCCCACAGCAGUCCAGCCAGAGGGAGUCACGACUCCGAGUCAAAGUCCCUGAACGAACUGAACAAUACGGACUCCACUCACUCUUCCCAGGACUCUCUGGACCAGAGUUCCCAGUCCCCUGCAGAGGGACCGGGUGACGGUUCACCAGAGGAACACAGCUCAGAAACUCUGCCUUGGAACGGCAAAAGCGCCUGA